AUGGUGAAACUCGGUCUUUAUUUCAAGGCAGACCUUGAGAAUGUGACUGAUGUUAGACCUGCAGACGAAGAUUAUGAAUGGCAUUUUAAGGUAAAAUGUAAUAGUUGUAAUGAAAUACACGAUAAUUGGGUAGGCGUGAACCGUCAAGCAAGCAACGAUAUUUCUGGGUCGCGAGGAACCGCCAACUAUGUGAUGCGUUGUAGUUUUUGUAAACGUGAAAGCUCGGCACAGUUUGAGCCAAAACCAUCUAAACCAUACACAAUUGAGAAUUCUGGAAAAUUUGCAGAAAUGGCGGUGAUUGAAUGUCGGGGAUUGGAAUUUGUCGAUUUUGAACCGAGGGUUGGGUUUGUUGCAAAGGGUGCCGAAUCCGAUACCUUCUUUGACGAUAUUGAUCUAACAGAUGGCGAUUGGGCUGAUUACGACGAAAAGGCUGGCUUACCUGUUGGAAUAUCUGAAAUAAAAGCUGAAUUUCGUCGAGUUUAA